AUGGUUUCCCUAAUCUCAAAUGGGAUGAUGCUAAAGGUUCUUCCCCCGGUCGGACUGUAUGUACCUCUGUGGCCGUGGAUCCUAUGGAACCUGUGGAAGGCCAGGAACAAGCUCUGUUUCGAGAACAGGACAUUUUCCGCUAUGGAAAUCAUUCAGAAGUCUAUUGCAGACGCUAAGGAAUGGCAACAAGCUCAAGAUCAUACUGCUAUCCCGCCUAAUGAACCAGUUGCACUUCCUUCUCGAUCCAGUACGAUCAGAACCCCUACUGCACUGCCAACCACUGUAAUCUGUAACGUUGAUGGCGCCUGGGAUGCGCGUACAAAGAACUGUGGUGUGGGAGGAGUCUUCUCUGGUUGGUACCCGCGAAAGAAGAUAGACCCGAUAUGCGAUUCCCGCAGACUUGUUUCGUCGGCGUUAAUGGCUGAGGCCCUCGCCAUCCGUUCGGCGGUUAUGUAUUCCGCCUCGUUGAACAUCAAAUCCCUGAUGAUACUGUCAGACUCUCUUACCUUGGUGAAAUUGCUGAAGGAAAGAGGAUCAUUGCCAGCUUUGUUCGGAAUUUUGUUCGACAUCUAUCACUUUAGUUCUUCUUUUGAUGUAGUCUCCUUUUCGUUUGUUCCACGUUUAAGUAAUGGGCUGGCUGACUCUGUUGCAAAGUCAGCCUUGUCAUUGCUGAACUCAAACCCCUCUAAUGGGGUGUAA